AAUUUCAGCUCAUACAUUACUUGGUUUGCAGCACUCACUCUAUGGCUACGAGCCGGAUAAUUUAGAGCUAUUUUUGCCAUGUAUUGUUAAAUUGGAUAUAAACUUUAAAUUUGGUUUAAACUAUCGUUUAGAAAUUGUUUAGUGAAAUUGAAAGAUCAACUUGAUGACGUUUUUUGAGCGAUUUUGAACUUCUUAUAUGUGAUAAUUUGAUAGCUUGUAUAGACACUCCACCAAUUCUCUCACGUGAGGCAACAAUGGAAGAAGAUAAAAGCCAGGACCAUGAUCUACUAUCUACAACAUGGCUUCCCCCUCAGGCAUCCGAGCAUGAGGAGAAUGGUGAUGAGCUUAUGGGCGUUGAAAAUGGUGAAGAUAAUUUAAACAGCGUUGAUCCAUAUAUCGGAAUGGAGUUCUCUACUCAUGAGGAAGCUUAUAAUUUCUACAAUGCAUACGCCAGACUUAAGGGAUUUGGUGUUCGCAAGGGUCACACAGCUUGGUCGAGAAAGAAAGAUGCAAUCCUAUCUAGAAUAUUUGUAUGUGACAAAGAAGGCUUUAAAUCUUUAAAAGAUAAAAGAGAAGAUGGUCGGAAUGUAAUUCGAAAGUUCGAUACAAGAUGUGGAUGCAACGCAAGGAUGGUUAUUGGACUUGAUAGAAGCACUGAAAAAUGGGUGGUCCGAAAGUUAAACAGUAAGCAUAAUGGUCAUCCAUUAACCACCCCAACUCGGGUAAAGAAGCACUACUCACAUCGGACACUUCAUCGAGCUCAAUCGACAAAAAGGUUGAUAGAUACUCUUGACAAUCAAGGUUUACGGCCUUCUGCCAUUUGUAAGGUUGUAGACGUUGCUCAUGGCAAUGAACAAGGCUCUCUCACUCAACAAGAAUGCCAAGCACAACUUAGACUUAAACGAAGAAACAACGUCGGCCAUGAGUGCGUGAACAUAGUUCGUCAAUUUCAAGAGAAAAAGGUAUCUGAUCCUCAAUUUUACUUCGCACUUGAUUUAGAAAAUGAUGGGACGAUGAGAAGUGUUUUUUGGAUGGAUGGUAGGUCGAGGACUUCUUACUUGCAAUUUGGAGAUGUUGUUUGCUUUGAUGUUACAUAUAGAACGAACAAUUUAAAAUUGCCGUUUGCACCAUUUACGGGCGUUAACCAUCAUCGACAGUCUACUCUAUUUGGGUGUGCGUUACUGGCCGAUGAAACGGAGGAGACGUUUAUAUGGUUAUUUAGCCAAUGGUUAAAAUGUAUGUCGGGUAUAGCACCAGUAACAAUCAUCACUGAUCAAGAUAAAGCUAUGUGUGGUGCUAUUCACAAAGUUUUUCCUAAAACUCGCCAUCGCUUUUGUUCUUGGCACCUUCGUAGGAAUGCCUUACAAAAUCUUCAAUCAAUGCAUAAUGAUUAUGGUGAGGAUGUUGGUGUAAAGUAUAACAAAUGGUAUUGGAGUAAAUCGGAAGAAAAAUUUGAAAAGCGUUGGGAAGAAAUGAGGGACAAAUAUGGUGCAGAUAAAAGGAGUUGGUUAGUAAAUUUAUACAAUCAUCGAGAUCAUUGGGCUCCAGUGUAUCUUAAAGACACUUUUACUGCAGGAAUGACAUCUACUCAGCGGAGUGAGGGAAUUAAUGCUUUUUUUGAUCAUUUUGUGAAUGUAAAUACCGAGUUACAUGAUUUUGUUAAGCAGUAUGAUAAUGCUGUCAGAGCUCGCCGAGCCGCUGAACUUGAGCAAGAUUUUAAGUCCACAAACUCAGUUCCUACAUUGAUAAUUGAACAUCCCAUUGAAAAACAAGCUCGGGAGAAUUAUACGAAGAAUCUGUUUACUAUCUUUCAGAAAGAACUCAAGGAUAGUUACUCCAUGCUUCAUGAAAAGUUGUCGAAGGACGGCGCAAGUGCUACUUAUGCCGUUUGGAAUAUAGAUAGCGAGGCUGAAAGCAAGAAGAUAGUAAAGCAUCAUGUUGUUUUCGAUACAUCCAAAGAAAAAAGAAUUAAGUGCUCUUGUGCGAGAUUUGAGAUGGAAGGUAUAUUAUGCAAACAUAGCUUGCACAUUUUAGUAAAGAAGCAAGUAUUAGAAAUUCCAUCAAGAUAUAUCAUGCAACGAUGGACAAUUAAAGCAAGACAUGUUGGUUGCGGAGUUGUUAGAAAUUGCAUUACAAAUAGUGAAGACCAACUAUCUAUCAUUAAACAUUGGGCCCUUAGGAGUAGAUGUAACAAGGCACUAGAAGAUACAUUGACUUCAAGUACACUUCAUGAUAAGUUUAGUGCUUUUUUAGACUCAUUUUUUGAAGAAGUUGAGAAUAACAAGAUUGAGAAGGAACAUAACGACAAUGGAAAUGAGAGCAAUGCCAGCAAUAAGAUGCCUACUUCAUCCAUACCCAUCUCUAUAGAGGAAGCAACUCAAAUCACUAUUCGUGAUCCAGAUAAGCCUGUUGCCACGAAGGGACGACCAGCACAUGCUACUAGAAUUAAGUCGGGAGUGGAGAUAGCACAAGAAAAGAGUAUAAAAAAACAAAGAUUUUGUGGGUUUUGUAAGGGAAAAGGACAUUAUAUAACGAGUUGUCCUUUAGCUAAGAACAAAAAUGUUGCUCGUGGAGGUCGAGAAAGUUAA